AUGGAGCCGCUGUCGAGGGUUCUGUACGCGCCGGUGGAGCCGUACGACUCCGGGUUCCUCCAGGUCUCCGGCGUCCACUCCAUCUACUACGAGCAGUCCGGGAAUCCCCACGGCCAUCCAGUGGUGUUCCUCCACGGCGGUCCCGGAGACGGCACGUCGCCCGCAGUCAGGAGAUUCUUUGACAGGAUCGUGCUGCUUGAUCAGAGGGGUGCAGGCAAAAGCACUCCCUACGGAUGUUUAGAGGACAACACUACCUGGGACUUGGUAGCUGACAUCGAGAAGCUCAGGGAGCAUCUUGGCAUCCCGGAAUGGCAGGUUUUUGGUGGUUCAUGGGGCAGCGCCUUGGCGCUUGCGUACAGCCAGGAGCACCCUGACAAGGUCACUGCCCUUGUUCUGAGAGGAAUCUGCUUGCUUAGGGAAAAGGAGCUCCAUUGGUUCUAUGAGGGCGGUGCAGCAGCCAUUUUCCCAGAUGCAUGGGAACAAUUUAGAGAUUUUAUUCCUGAGGACGAGAGGAAUUCUUUCGUAGCUGCGUAUACCAAAAGGUUAACUUCAUCUGCCCCUACUGUUCAGAGGCUUCCCCCAUUUCCAUUAACAGCAAACGGAAAUACAACAUUUUUUGAGAGUUCAGAGAAGCAGAACUAG